AUGAGCGGCAAGGAGUUGCGCAAGACCCUCGGACUGGAUCCCAACUUAACCUGGAUUGUGCCGGUGAAGAGCGAUCUUAUUCGCGGCGUUCGCGCGGGAGUCCGUGUGCCAAAGAGACAAAUAAUUCAACUGCUCAAUUACGUUCAAGACAUUGCUCCCAAGGCUGGCGAUAUGGGGAAUUGGAAGGAGGAGACAACCAAGGUGCGUCGCGAUGCAGCUAAGAUGGUCCGUGACUGGCAGGUUGUGUCUGAGUACAAGCAUGAGAUCUGGCGUGGGGAAGUCAUUUAGCUGUACGAAAUAGCCGGGCAAGCUCAGAAAGUCUGCGCGGUGAUAACCAUGGCGUUGUGUACCAGGAACAAGCAACACCCUCGCGUUGAAUUAAUGACCGUCUCCCAGCACAGGUCUUCGAUCGAGUGUAUAACGAAGGCAGUUCGUGAUCAUGGUCCUGCUGAUAAUAGUACCAUGGAAUUUGAAACGAGCUCAAUUCAUACUCAAGGGAGUCGUUGUGCGGAGUGUGAACCAUGAUAUGGGUCCCAUGGAAUAGAUUCGCGAGUCCGAGGUCUAGCCCACUGGUUGUUGCGGGUCUGGAUUGGCCCACAAUAUCAAGCUGGCAGAUAGAGGUUGGCAGCUCGGUGGUAUACUGCUGCCUUUGUUAUAAGUCAACAAGUAAACAAAAAGUGUACAUCAUGCG